AUGGCUUCUUCGCUGCUGUUGAGUCGCCCGACGGACUUUGAACCUUACUCCUCCGGGCAGGGAGAGACGCUGACAGUGAACGUGAGCUGGGGCUUGCCGCCGAUGAACCCGGCUGACGGCGAGGCCGGAGCCUCUGACCCUUCCUCGGUGGCCGAGGACCGGCUCUACGAGGUGCCAGUCGAGGUGAUUGUGUUGCUGUCCGUCUGUUACGGCGCCAUCUCGCUGGUGGCCGUAGUGGGCAACACGUUCGUGCUCUGGAUCGUGGCCACGUCGCGCCGCAUGCGAACCGAGACCAACUACCUGAUCGCCAACCUGGCCAUCAGCGACAUCAUCAUCGGCCUGUUCUCCAUCCCGUUUCACUUCCAGGCUGCGCUGCUCCAGCGGUGGCUCCUGCCGCGCUUCAUGUGCGCUUUCUGCCCCUUCGUACAGGUGCUGUCAGUCAACGUGUCCAUCUUUACGCUGACGGCGAUUGCCGUGGACCGGUACAGGGCCAUCACGAUCCCGCUGAAGGCGCGCCUCAAUUCCCGCCUGACUGCGCGGGUCCUCAUCGGCGUCAUCUGGGUGGCGUCGGCCAUGGCGGCGGCGCCGUACGCGUUCGCUCUGCGCGUCACCCUUGUCCAGGACGAACGCACUGGCGAACGCACGCGCCCCUUCUGCCACAACGUGGCGCUGCCUCCCAGCGCCUGGCGCGUCUACAACAAUGCGCUUGUCUGCUCGCAGUACUUCGCACCCCUGCUGGUCAUCUGCUACGUGUACGAGCGCAUUCGCCGCCUGCUCAAGGACUCGACCAUCCCCGGAAACCCGGAGUCUGUGCGAGACGCCAUCGUCGUCAGGAACAAGAAAAAGGUGACCAAGAUGAUGUUCAUUGUGGUAGCCAUCUUUGCGCUGUGCUGGCUGCCAUACCAGACAUACAACAUCCUCACCGAGAUCUACCCGGAAAUAAACACAUAUCGCUACAUCAACGUGAUAUGGUUCUGCUGUCACUGGUUGGCCAUGAGCAACUCGUGCUACAAUCCGUUCAUCUACGCCAUCUACAGUGAGAAAUUCAACGCCGAGUUUCAGGCUCGCAUCCGCUGCUGCGCUCGCCGACCCCAUGAAGAGAUCGUCUACGGACAUUCAUCUAUCAUGACACAGCUGUCUGUGCGACUGCAGUCCUGAAACGUGCGAAAAAACACCGCGGUCGUUCUUGGAGGCCUGUGAUCUAGCCGCUCCGCCAACAAAAAACGAGCUUCGAUGUCGCGUAUGCGUAGAGCAAUCGCAGGUGAUGACAGCGCCACAUGCCCCAGGAAUGCGGGACGUUGACAAGGUUCGGCUCUGCUUUAAAGAAAAUUCCUUGACGCAGCAGCAAUGUAAGCUAAAAGUCUUGAUUAGCAACAUCCAAAAGGUUUCCGUUUUAUAUCGGUUGAAGCAAGGGGCUAUAAAGGUUUGCCAAAGUAUCCCUGUACGCGGGAGCCAAGUAAUCCUGUUUUCAUCGUCUACUGAGAUUUUUCCUUAGGGCACUGCUGCCUGCUUGGGCAAAAUUACA